GGGCCAAGCCGAAUUUUUUACUUGGCAAAUUUAAAUAUAUAUAAAUCAUCAUUUCAUCAUAUUUUGGCUCGUAUACAUCUUUUUAAUAAUUUGAAGUUUUUAAUAAAAUGAAUGCAAUACAAUUAGCGAAAAAAUACCCUCAAAUAUCGCAACAAGGGAUUUUCGAUCUCGUUGCACAAUUCAACAAAAUUGAUCUUGAUGGCAAUGGUGCUCUCGAACAAAAAGAAGUUGUUAAGGCUCUACAAGAAAUGGGUGAGAGCAAUUCAUACGAUGAAAUUCGGGCCACGCUGAAAGAAAUUAACUUGAGCUCAACUGGUAAUGUUGAGCUUGACGAAUUCGUUGAGCUCAUUGUAAAACUCAGGGAAGGUCGUAACAAAAGUGCUUUUGCGGUCAACAAACACAAAAUUACCGUUCAUGGUACUAGUCGGAAUGUUUCUCAUACUAUCAACGAGGAUGAGAGAACCGAAUUUACCAGACAUAUUAAUCAGGCAUUAGCUGGUGACCCUCAUGUUAGUGAUAAAAUUCCAAUCGACACAAAUACUAUGCAAUUGUUCGAUGAAUGUAAAGACGGAUUAAUCCUUGCAAAACUUAUCAAUGACUCUGUUUCGGACACAAUUGAUGAACGAGUCUUAAAUGUACCUGGAAAAGGAAAGAAGAUCAAUAAGUUCAAGAUGACAGAAAAUAAUAAUCUAGUAAUUUUUUCUGCAAAGGGAAUCGGCUGUAAUGUUGUAAAUAUUGGAUCAGCUGACUUAAUUGAAGGCAGAGAACAUUUAAUUUUGGGCCUUAUCUGGCAAAUUAUCAAAAUUGGAUUAUUAAACAAAAUAGAUAUUAAGCUUCACCCAGAGUUGUAUCGUCUUCUGGAAGAUGAUGAAACUCUUGAGCAAUUUUUAAAAUUACCUCCGGAUCAGAUUUUAUUAAGAUGGUUCAAUUAUCAUUUGAAGGCUGCCAAAUGGGAUCGAAGGGUUACGAACUUUAGCACAGAUGUCAAAGAUGGUGAAAAUUAUACAGUACUUUUAAAUCAACUUAAACCCGAAAUUUGUUCACGUGAACCAUUAAAUGAGCCUGAUCUCCUAGAACGUGCUGAAAAGGUUCUACAAAAUGCCGAGAAAUUAGGAUGCAGAAAAUACUUGACUCCAAAAGCCCUUGUCACAGGAAAUCCAAAAUUAAAUUUGGCCUUUGUUGCACAUUUAUUUAAUACUCAUCCCUGCUUGGACCCACUUGAUGAAGAAGAAAAGGCAGAACUUGAAGAAUUUGAUGAUAGUGAUGAUAGAGAAGCAAGAGUAUUUGCACUCUGGCUUAAUAGUUUGGAUGUUACACCGGCAGUAAAUAAUCUAUAUGAAGAUGUGAAGGAUGGUUUAAUUCUUCUUCAAGCAUUUGAUAAAAUUGUUCCAAACACAGUUAAUUGGAAAAAAGUUAAUAAAUCAUCAAAUUUAUCAAGAUUCAAACAAGUGGAAAACACAAAUUAUGCGAUUACAAUCGGUAAAGAUCUACGGUUUACACUUGUUAAUAUCCAAGGAGCCGAUAUUUGUGACGGAACGAAAACUUUAAUCCUUGGUCUUGUCUGGCAGAUGAUGCGUAUGAAUAUUAUUCAGACUUUAACAAGUUUAUCCAAAGGCGGCCGAGAUAUUACUGAUAAUGAUUUAAUCAAGUGGGCCAAUGAUACUGUAUCUCGUGGUGGUAAAUCCUCAAAAAUAAGUAGUUUUAAGGAUCCAGCAUUAAGAAAUGGUAUAUUCUUGAUUGACUUGUUGGACAGUAUUAAGCCAGGAAUUGUAGAUUAUUCCUUAGUAACGAAAGGAGUCUCUGAUGAUGAUGCUACGCUGAAUGCUAGAUACGCAAUUUCUAUUGCGAGGAAGAUAGGCGCUACCAUAUUUUUACUGCCAGAAGAUAUUGUUGAAGUUAGACCUCGACUUAUCCUAACGUUUAUUGGUUCUUUAAUGGCACUGAAAUAAGCAUCAUUUCUUUUUGGAUCUUAUGACCCAUAUGAUUGCAAAUUUAGUAUUUAACAUAUUUAUUAUUAUACUUGUAAUAAACAUGUAAUUCUGUUUGGCAAAUCUGAACCUCACUGCAAAAUAAAUAAGAUAUGCUUGCUGUAACUUUUUAAUUUUGUUUUAAUGACUGAUGAUCUUGUAUUUUUUAAUAUUUAAAAUCUGUUGGUAGCCAUGUCCCCACGAACUCUGUUAUAAUCUGGAAGUCCUUCAACUGGGCCAACUCCAACUACAGCAACAUCUUGAUCCCACAAAUAUUCUCCAG